AUGUCCCCCUUCUCCUACCUCGCCAUCUUUUCGCUCGCGCUGACCUCCGCCACCGCCGCAGCAGCACCAGGCGACAGCGCCCCCGCCGCCGGGCCACCCAAGGUUGUCAGCACCCGCCAGCAGUUCCUGCAGGCGCACAACGAGGCGCGCGCCGCGGCAGGCGUGCCACCGCUUGCCUGGAACGCGACACUGCAGCUGGACGCCAUGCGGUAUGCCAAGGAGCUCCGGACCCGCUGCAACGCGCACCCGCUCGUUGCGUGGGGCACCGACGGCGUCUACGGCCUGAACCUCUUCAAGGGCACGGGGCGCCAGCCCACUGCCGAGGCCGUGGAGUCGUGGGUGGGCGAGGGGCACUGGUACGACCGCGGCACCGGCGCGUGCGCGGCGCCCGAUGGGCGGAACUGCGGGGGAUACACGCAGGUGGUGUGGCGCGCCACGACGCAGCUCGGGUGCAGCCGCCGUGUCUGCCGGAACAGCGUCGACACCGUGGCCGUCUGCGAGUACUACCCUCCCGGGAACGUCAAGAGCAAGCGGCCUUACUGA